AUGGAGAAAGAGAAGGAGAAGAAGAACCUCACUCUACCACACGAGUUGAUCUUUGAAAUUCUGAUUCGGCUUCCGGUGAGAUCUUUACUAUGCCUUACAAGGGUUUGCAAAUCAUGGCUAUCUCUCAUUUCCGAUCCCCAAUUCGCUAAAUCUCAUUUUGACCUAAAUGUUGCACCCACUCACCGUCUACUUCUUCGAUUCCUCAAUGAGGAUCAAGUUGAAUCGUUUGACCUAGGAUCGUCACUUGACGACCGUUCUGCUGUCUUAACCCUCAAUGCCCCGCCUCCAUCCAUGUCUUGUGAUCGUCACAAUCCUUUAUAUUUCUUGGGUUCUUGUAGGGGGUUUAUGCUUUUAGUCUAUGAAACAACAAGUGAUGUCAUUGUGUGGAAUCCAACAACCAAAUUCCAUCAACGAAUUCCCAAAUUAGACCAUGAGUUCAUGUUUUGCAAUCUAUGUGGUUUUGGGUACGACAGUGCAUCCGAUGACUACUUUGUGGUUGUUAUAACAUUGUUUCAUCAAUUUCGAAAUGGAACUAAGAUUUAUACUUUUUCUAUGAAAACCAAAUCAUGGUGUGACACUAAGUAUGUUAAUAACGUUCAUUAUAUGCGUUAUCGACAUGGUUUCCGCAGAGCUGAACCCGGUGUGUGUUUGAAUAACUCUCUUCAUUGGCUGGUCACUUCUAUAGAUACAAAGCUUUCUGUUGUAAUUGCCUUUGAUUUGGGAGAAAAGUGUUUAUCCGAUAUUCCUUUGACAUCUGAAUUAGCGGUGGAGUUGACGCCGGAGGAAGAGUUGACACCGAAAGGGUAUUCUUUGAGGGUGCUCGGAGGAUGUCUCAGUCUAUGUUACUCAAGUGAAGGUGUUUGGCGUGAACAGGCUGAGAUAUGGGUCAUGAAAGAAUAUAAAGUACAAUCUUCAUGGACCAAAGUUUUUGUUAUGUAUUUUUGUGACAUGGACAUUCGUGUUAGGCACUUUUAUCCGUUAUGCUUCAUUGAAGGUGGUAGAGUUGUUGGAUCAAAUAACAAUGGAAUGUUGAUGAAGUUUGAUGCUGAGGUAGAACUGCUUGAGCAUCUCAAAUAUGAUCGGGAGUACUAUAAAAUAGUUGUUAAAUACUUUGAAAUGUAUAGAGAGAGCCUGCUAUUUUUCCCUGGUGAGCAACGACUCCUUUGUGUAACUGAAGAUCAUGAGGAAAGUGAAGAUGUGGAAGAGAAAGCAACCCAAGAUGAUGAGGAAGCAACUGAAGAAGAGAAAACAACUGGCGACGAGGAAGCCAAGUGA